AUGAAUGUAUAUAGCCUAAAGACAAUGAAACAAAGACUAGUAACAGUAAUUCCUAGAUCGGAUUGGAUAGAACCUCAUGAUCAGCAACAAAACGAGGAACACAAUAAUAGUACAAGUGAUGAUUUGGAAAAAUUAAAGCAAUCAAAAAGUGCAAUGCAUUUAGGAUGUUCUAUUAGGUAUGAAUCGGUAAAAAAUGCUUUGAAUUGUGUUUGGCAUGUUAUUGGAGUUAAACCUGAUUCACCAGCAGAAAGAGCCUCUAUAUCUUCUGACGGAACUGAUUAUAUUGUUGGUUAUGAUAAUAGACUAUUCUCUGAGCCAAAUGAACUAACAGAAUUAUUGAGCCAUUAUCAAGGCAUUUCAGCAUCAUCUAUUUAUUUGUCUUUAUUUGUUUAUAAUUGGAAAACAGAUUCAUUUAGACAUGUAGUUGUGAACAUGAGUGAUGGUGGACAUUUAGGGAUAGAAUUAGGAACUGGUUAUUUGCAUAUCAUUCCUCCACCUUCACAAUUUAUGGAGACUCAAUCUGAACAUCACAAUAUGUUAAAUGGUGGUGAGAUAGCUCUCGAGAAAUUAAGUGAUCCUAUAGAUUCUGAAUACGUAUUUGUUAAUCACCUCAAUAGUUCUCAUGAUAUGAAACAACAAGAAAUUACUCAAAUCAACCAGUCAAUAAGAAAUAAUAAGGAAGAAAUAGUUUCCGUUACAAAUGUAGUAGAAAUUAAGGAAAUUUCUACACCUCCAAUUAAUUCACAAACCUAUUCAAUUGUUUCAAACGAGGAAACGAAUGAAUUAUCUAAAAAGACUCAAACUUUGGAUAUUAACAUAGGUUUUUUUAAUCCUACAACAUCAUCAGCAUUGUACAGCGAUGAACCAUCGUUAGGUGAAAUUAUUGGAGAAGAAGGAAAUUAA